AAUUCACCCUACACCAACCACUCCAAGCCCCACCAAACACUAUCAGUCACUCUACCAUCAACCCUUUUCACAAUAACAAGUGCCUACAUACAUUAGUCUGACGAUAACGCAUUAAGAAUUCGUCAUGGCUGUCGUCUCCAGCAUUCAAGGUACCUGGUACAAUGAAUUGGGAUCUAAAGUGAUCAUCAACGCUGUUGGCCCUCUCGGGGUUUUCAGUGGGGAGUACCAUACGGCUGUCGAAACUGACGAGGACGAAAUACCUCCCACUCCGCUUGUGGGAAAAACCGCUGACACUGGUGAGAAUGAUACAUUUGGCAUGACCGUGGUGUGGCGGGGUGGCAGCUCCGUCACCAGCUGGACCGGACAGCUUCAUGUCUGUGGCGGCGAAGAGACCCUCAUGACUACAUGGAUACUGGCGUCAAAGGUGGAGACUUGUAAAGAGAACUGGGAGGCAUACAGAAUUGGCCAGGACUUGUUUAAAAGGUACAAGUUCAAGCAUGACGACAUCCAUACCAUGAGAGACUUGGCUCGUCGGCAAAAGGACGAAAAAUAGACCGGAGAACGGAUGUACUCGUAUGGUGUUGCUGAUCGAACAAAGGAUUGACUAGCCUCUCUUUUAAAAUACUAACAGUUUUAAAAUUCAAGCAUACAAUACUUUUUAUGGAACGAUUUUUGUUUUUUUGAUUUUUUUUGGCUGAUUAGAACUAAACGGCUGGAUCAAUUUUUAGGGUUUUGGAGUAUAUUUUUGUUUCCUUUAAAACAAAGUAUACUUUGAGUUGUUUAACCGUUUGAUUUGUUUAGUCCUAUUAUAAAUGUAGAUGCAUGCAAUAAAACUAACAUUUUUAAAGGUGGUUGUGUUUUUAGUAAAUGUCCACAGAUUUACAUUAAACUUACAGG